AUCGUUUACAAUAAAGUAACAAAGUACUUAGUACGUCUUAGUAUUCAUAAUGAACAAAAAUUUUAGUCACUUUCCAGUUAUAGUGCUUCUCGCGUGCUUCAUUCUUAUAAACAAGGCAUCAGGAACUGAUGAAGCAAGAUUUUUCGGAAGAUUACCGUUUUUGAACGCUAAUGACAAUAACUAUUGCGAUACUGCGUGUGGGAAACAACAAACACGAUUUGCUUUUUUUAGCAUUUUAAGAAAUUUUUGCAUAUCGAGAUGCCCAAAUUCAGUAGUUGCGCAUCUUGGAAACUCAAAUUCAGGAAGUUCCCCAACAAAUCCAAAUGGAUCACAAUCCAAUAUCAAUAAUAUUAUGCAUCAAGUUAUGCAACAAAUGGCAAAUAAUCCCUCCCCCGGAGGUAUUCCCAAUUUUUCAAUAGCUCCUUUCCCGGGCAAUGGAAACGGUCAACCGCAGAUUACAUUUGGCAACCAACCUGGCAAUGGUAUUGGUCAAAUCGUGCCAAAUCUGCAAGGUCCGGCAAACGGCCCAACAAACACUCUUUCACCGGGAGCUCCAACUCAAACGGGAACUUCUCCCGCGGCAGGAGCUCCAACUGCACCGGCGGGUACUCCGGGUGCAGCAACUCCUGCAGGUACUCCAGGUGCAGCAGCUCCUGCAGGUGCUCCAGGUGCAGCAGCUCCAGCGGGUGCUCCGGGUGCAGCUCCUCCAGCGGGUGCUCCGGGUGCAGCUCCUCCAGCAGGAAGAUAAUAAGAAUUAUAAUUUUAUGCUAUUAACUGCAAAAUUAGUAUUGAGUGUCAAGACAUCAACAAGAGAGGAUCUUUACUAUUCUCAAAGUUUUUAUUGUCUGCCCUGGUAAAUACGAAAGAAGAACAAAAAAUGUAAAUUUCUAAGGAUAUAAUUGGAUCGUGAGAUAAAUAAAUUUUUUAUUUAAAUUUAA